GAGACAGGUUCGUUCGUGAAGCUGUGGAAAUGAGGAUUGUCGGGUUAACGGGAGGAAUCUCGUCCGGUAAGAGCACCGUCUCUAAUCUCUUCAAGUCUCACGGCAUCCCCGUGGUUGAUGCCGACGUUGUUGCUCGCGAUGUGUUAAAGAAGGGCACCGGCGGGUACAAAAAGGUGGUGGCGGCUUUCGGGCGGGACAUUUUGCUAGGUAGUGGAGAGGUUGAUCGCUCCAAGUUGGGACAGAUUGUGUUCUCCGAUCCCUCCAAGCGACAACUCCUUAAUCGGCUAUUGGCUCCUUAUAUAUCCUCUGGCAUCUUUUUUGAAAUUCUGAAGCUUUGGGUGAAGGGGUUUAAGGUAAUUGUUCUUGAUAUUCCUUUGUUGUUUGAGGCGAAGAUGGAUAAGUGGACAAAUCCCAUUAUUGUUGUAUGGGUUGAUCCUGAAACACAGCUUCAGCGACUCAUGUCAAGGGACAGAACAACGGAGGAGGACGCCGGAAAUCGGAUAAAUGCUCAGAUGUCUCUAGAUUUGAAAAGGACCAAGGCAGACAUAGUGAUCGAUAACACUGGGUCACUUGAGGACCUGAAUGAACAGUUCCGUAAGGCAUUGUUCCAGGUUACAAGGCCCUUGACAUGGACUGAAUUCUGGCUAUCAAGACAGGGAGCUUUGUCUGCUCUUGUUUCUGUUAUUCUAGGUGUUCUUGCAUGCAAAAAUGUUUAUGGAAGGCUAUAGCUUAGAAGGUUGCCCUAAACACAAUCAAGGGAUGUAAUCAUUUAUUUUUCCAUACUGCAUGUUGACUUUUUUUUUUUUUUUUUUAAGUUUUAUACAUGGAAAAUUAAUGCCAUACUUUCCU